AUGGCUGGCCUUGCGCUCCUUAUCGUGCUAUGUGUCAUAAUGGCAGUGGCCUCCUUUUUUGCCGGCGCAUUGCCGCUGUCGAUGAACCUUUCGCAGUCCCAGCUGCGGUUAAUAUCGAGUAUUGGUGUCGGCGUUCUUGUCGGCACAUCACUGAUUGUCAUCAUCCCGGAAGGCAUCGAGGCCGCGUCCACAGCACCUAUCGCCGGGCACGACCCUAAGACCGACCAGCUGCUUCGCAGAGUACCGCGUGCACUCGCCAUCGAGGCGCGCAGCAUCAUGGCGCAAGUUGCGUCGACAGAAAUACUCGCAGCGAGCGAUUGGCUCAACAAGAAAGCAGUGACGGAUGACAUUGUCCGCCAGGCGGUCGCACGGGCAAACGAAGAGCAGCAAGACCCGGCGACACCGCCCAAGGAAACGCCCGCCCACUCAGACCCCGGCGCAGACGACCACGGCUCGCACGCGGGCGGCGAGGAGGCGCACAGCGACAUCCCGACCCUCGAGAUCGGUCUGUCCAUGGUCCUCGGCUUCAUCCUCAUGUUCCUCAUCGACCGCCUGCCGCGGCACGCGACCGACAGCCUGCAGUCCGCGCCGACGACGCAGCAUAUCAGCAUGGACAACCUAGGCGGCGACCGCGCCUCCUCCGUGGACGACGAGGAGCGUGGCUUCUUCCUCGGCGGCCUGUCGCUGCGCGAGGCGCCGCGGGUCGCGCGUAGCAUGGCCACCACCAUCGGGCUGGUGAUCCACGCGGCGGCCGACGGCAUCGCCAUGGGCGCGUCGUCGGCGUCGUCGAGCACCAAGCUCGGCUUCGUCAUCUUCCUCGCCAUCAUGAUUCACAAGGCGCCGGCCGCGUUCGGCCUGACCUCAGUGCUGCUGCGGCAGGGCCUGUCGAAGCGCGCGGCCAAGGCGCACCUGCUCGUCUUCAGCCUGGCCGCGCCGGCUGGCGCGCUCGCGACCUACCUGCUCGUCUGGUUGCUGGGCGGCGGCGGCGGGAAGAUGGACGAGAGCACGGGACACUGGUGGACGGGCAUGUUGCUGCUGUUUUCUGGCGGCACGUUCUUGUAUGUUGCCAUGCACGCGAUGGAGGAGAACGGCGCGAGCGGCCACGGCCACGACCACGGCAGCCAGCAGUCAAACAGCUACAUAGAGACAAGUACCAACAACCCGGCCAAGCCUGCCGGGCCGGCUCUGCGGGAUACGCUAGCCACGACGGUGGGCAUGCUGGUGCCGCUUUUGACGCAGAUUGGAGGCCAUCACCACUGA